CCCACGUGUUGGCCAGAGACACGCGUUGGUUGUCCGCGUGUGUCCUGUUGUCAGGGCCCCGGGUGUGUGGAUCCCGGUGCGCCCCCGCCUUCUCGGCCAUGGGGGGCCCCAAGAGGAAGGCCCCGGGCGGCCAGGACGGCGCGGCUCCCCAAGCGGGCGCAGCCAAGCGGGCCCGCACCGAAGAGCUCACGGGCGUGCGCUUCAAGGCUCAGCUGAGGGACCCGCAGGGCGCUGCGCCGGCCUUGGAAGCCUUUGUUUCUGCGGCCAAGAAGCUGCCACGAGAAGAUGUGUAUGAUGUCGUGGAGGGGUACAUAAAGAUUUCUGUUGAAUGUGCAGAGAUUUUCCAGCUCCUGAGUGGGGAGAAGCACCCUGAAAGUGAAAUGCUUUUAAUAUUUCAAGUUUUCGAGGCCCUAUUAUUGCGGACAGCCAGUGACCUUUCCCAUUUUCAUGUGGUGGGAACCAACAUCGUGAAAAAGCUAAUGAAUAACCACAUGAAGCUCAUCUGUGAGUCCCUGUAUGCUUCGGGUUACAGGAUGGCUCGAGCCUGCCUGAACCUGAUGGCCGCCAUGGUGACCCAGGGUCCAGAGGCUGCCAGGGACGUCUGCAGCCAUUUCGAUUUGAAUAAAAAGACCUUGUACACGCUGGUGACCAAGAGGGAUUCAAAGGGAGUGCAUGACGUCCGGCUGGCCUACAUUCAGUUCGCUCUUUCCUUCUUGAUCGCAGGCGAUGAUAGCACAAUCGCACAAGUGCUGGAGUUGAAAGAAUUUAUUCCUUGCAUCUUUAGCUCAGGCAUGAAGGAAGAUAGGAUCUCUACCAUCAAUAUUUUGUUAUCCACACUGAAAACGAAGGUAGUUCACAAUAAAAAUAUCACAAAAACCCAGAAAGUGCGUUUCUUUACCGGGCAAGUACUGAACCACAUAGCGUCUCUGUACAGCUGGAAGGGGAUUGUCGACGUGAGCCUGGAGAAUGUUGAGACUUCUGCUGAAGACGCAGGGAAAACCAUGGUGAGGGAGCUUGUUCAUAACUUCCUGAUGGAUCUCUGCUGUUCGCUCAAGCAUGGGAUUAAUUUUUAUGACGCGUCUCUUGGUACCUUCGGCAGAGGAGGAAACCUGACUCUCCUGCACUUCCUGCUGGGUUUGAAAACUGCAGCGGACGAUGAGCUGGUCGCUGAGCUUGUGGUGAACAUCCUGAAAGUGUGCCCGGACUUACUGAACAAGUACUUCAAGGAAGUGACGUUUUCCUUUCUCCCAAGGGUGCAGUCCACUUGGUCCAGUAACAUCAAACUGCUAAACAAGAUCUACGCCGCCCAGCCAGACAUCUCCCGGGCGUUUCAGACCAGAGAGUUCAUCCCGCUUCCCCGGCUCCUGGCCAUGGUGAUGGUGACCACCGUGCCCCUGGUGUGCAAUAAGAUCAUGUUCACCCAAGCACUGAACCUGGACAGCAAAUCAGUGAAACACACAGCUUUGUCCCUUAUUUCCGUCAUUUUGGAGAGAGCCUUAAAGACCAUUGACUACUGCCUGAAUAAAGGGGCCUGGCAGGAGUCAGGCGUGUACACGGCCGCGAUGAUGGAGGACUUUGUGCGGCUCUUCAGAGAAGCCCUGAGCAAGAUUUUACCAGAUCUGAAUGCCAUCGUGUGGGUCUGGCAGUCACUUAGGAAGCAGGAGACAGAACAGGAUGACGAGAAAGCAAAGAAAAGGGGCAACAAGACCCCUGCUACCUGCGUGGCUCCCCAGAGCGAUGAUGCAGAAACCAUUCUUCUGAAAGCCGCCCUGCUCCAGGUCAUCUGCCUCUACCAGAAGGUGGUCCCACACGUGGUCAUGCAGUACAACUUUGACUUCAGCAAGCUCCUGAAAGGCGUCAUCUCAGAGGAGGGCCUGCGUGAGGAGGUGCCUGUCACCCUGCAGCACCUUGUUCUCAAGGUGGCCCUGGCACUGCCCGCCAGCAAGUUUCUGUGGUUAAAGGCCCAGGAAGGCCCAGAUGCAGAAAUUAUUGGAGGAAAGCGAUCCGUGUUUUACUUACUGAUGAAGAUGUUUGUGACCAGUAGCCAUUCGCAUCUCAAGUCAUCAACCAAACUUCUGAUCGUGAAGAUCCUGCGGGACACAGGGGUGUUUGAGCACACCUGGCAGGAGCUGGAGCUGUGGCUGGAACACCUGGAUGACACCGAGCAGGAGAACAAGGAGGCCGUGAUUCAGUUUUUGGAACGCGUUCUCCUGACAUUGGUGGCGAAUCCCUAUUCAUACACGGACAAAGCGUCUGACUUUGUCCAGGAAGCCAGCGCCCUGCAGGCCUCCGUGACGCGGCAGGACACCGAUGAUGCCAGCAUUCCCAUCUCCCACAUUGACGAUGUUCUCGACAUGGUGGAUGUCCUGGUGGAGGGCAGCGAAGGCUUGGAUGAGGAGGUUGGAUUCUUACUGAAUGAAGACAUGAUCGUGCUCACGUUCCCGUUCAGUGCUGUGGUCCCCGCUGCCCUGGAAGCCAGGAAUAAGUUGCUCCUUGGAACAGAAAGUGAAGCAGGAGAAAGCAUCGUGGCGUAUCUGACAGGGGUGUUGACGGACCUCCUCCACACCCAGAGAGACCCGCUGGCUCUGUGUCUUCUGCUUCAGUCUUAUGACAAGUUGGAGCCUCCGCUCCCACCUUGCUGCCGUCAGCUGUCCAGGUUCAACAGAUACUACAGCCUCUGGAUCCCGGAGCCAGCCCGAGAGGCCUUGGCGCUGCAGACGUUGGGCAGCCCUGCUCCGCCGGACCCCCCAGCCUCCUCUUUCAGUGCCCUGCUGCAGAUGGCCUACACGGGCCAGGGCCAAGGUCAGGGCCAGGGCCCGGGCGUAUUCCCGCUCCUGGACGAGGGGGUCCAGGGGCGGCUGCGGGCUGCCCUCCUGCACCUCCCGACGCACCAGGCCCUGCGCUCCGCCAGACACCUGCUGCUGUACAUCAAGAGCACCGUGGAGAACUUCGGCCAGCUGGGCAGGAGGACGGGGCCUCCCCUGCUGCAGUUCCUCCUGGACCUCCUCAGGUGCCUGGUCAUCCACUGUCAGCAGCUGGACGCCCAGAACCAGCAGAAGCGCCAGGCCGCCCAGGCUGAGUCUGACCUCUUUUUGGACGUGGAGUCCAUGGCCUCGCUGGAGUUGGCCGAUGACAAGACGCUGGAGGAGGUGCUCGUGGCCAUCCUCAAGCAUCCCACGCUGGAGGGCUGGUACCUGGCCCUGGAGCAGCAGGCGCUCCCCCCGCACACCCUCAGUCCCGUCCUCGCGAAGCUCCUGGCGGCCCACCUCAGCGCGGGGGUCCUUCCGCUGCUGGUGGCGAGUGCCCCCGUCCUCCAGAGCCUUGGUCAGCUGGGGCUCCUGGCCAGGUACUCAGAGGCCAUCACCCAGAGCGUCCUGAAAGAGCUGCGGAACCAGAGGGCCCGCGCAGCCACGCCGAUGCCGAAGACCCUUCCUCAGCUUGAAGCCCUGCAGGGGCUGCACCCGUACAUGGAGGGCACCCAGCUCCGGGAGGUCACCCUGGCCCUGCUGAGCCUGCCCGAGGCCCACCUGGUGGCCCAACGACCCACUAAGUCCCGCCAGAAGGAGAGACACCUGAACACUCUCGGGGAGACCCUGGUCCAGCUGCUGACCAGCCGCCCCCAGGAGCAGCUGCAGAGCGGUGAGCUCCUCCAGGCCUCUGAGUACGUGAGAGGCCUGGGGGCUUUGCUGCCCGCGCUGGCCGUGGACGAGCUGGACGCCGUGCUCCUCCAGGCUCUGCAGAGAGAGCCGGCUCUGGCCCCCGCAGUCGGGGUCACUCUGCUCGACUACUGCCUGGCCCGGCGGACGCCGGUGGCCCUGGGCACCGCGGCCUUGCUCCUGCAGCACAGCUGUCCCCACCUGCUGCGCUUUGAGCGGUGGUGCAGGCGGGCCAGCCUGGGGCUCUGCCUGCAGGAGGCCCUGGACGACUUCCUCCCUGUCAUCCGCAUGUACCUCCAGUGCAGGACCCGGGAACACUUCACGCGCCCCGCAGCAGUACCCUCUGCUGUCAUGCCUGUCCUGAGGAAGGCCCUGUGGAGGCCGCUGCAGACCAGGCUUCUCAGUGCUGACGGGCCCCUAGAGUCUGGGCUGCAUCAGGAGAUCCUGGCCCAGCUGGUCCCAUUUGCAAGAGCCAAGGACCUCCGUGUCCUCAUGGACCGAUUGCCCCGCUUGCUUCAGACUCCAGGCAGUCACAAGAGUUGGGUCGUGGCUGACUCUGUCUUGGCUGUCCUGGAAGGGUCGGCAGAAGAGCUGCGUGCUUGGAAAAAGACUCUGCUGGAGGCCUGUGUACAGUGGCUGAUCGCAUCCUUUAGCGGCGGCCAGCGAGAUGAUGGUACCCAGGAUCGAGAGAAGCAGAUGCUGCUAAGAUUAAACGAACUGUUGAAUUCACUUAAUGAAGUUGAUCCUGGUGAUUGGCAGAAAUUUGUGAAGACUGGACUCAAAUUUCGGUAUCAGGACCAUGCAUUUUUAAAGGCCCUUCGUGCUGCCGUCCAGCUCCUGUAUCUUCCGGAAAGCGCCGCACGCUCGCGGCUCACUCAGCUCUCGGUGGUCCACGUGAUGCUCACCCAGCACUCCCUGUUCCUGCCCACUUUGCUUACGGCUGGAGAGGAGGAAACCCCAGGCAGUCCCAUCAGAGAAGCGCUGGUGGACCUAAUGUCGGUGGCAGUGAGGUUGUGCCCCUCUGUCUGCGAGAGCAGCCACUUCGCGGUGCUCCUCGGGGCCUACGGAGCCUCUCUCAGCGUCCUGGACCAGAAGAUCUUACUUCUCCUGCGGGCCUACGAACAGAACAACCAUAGCCUGGUCAACUUCAGGCUGCUAGCCUGGGGCCCAGCGGCCGUGGAGCAUCAGAAGACGUGCCAGAGCCUGGGCAAGUCACUGUGGCAGCAGCCGAGCGUCGGGGACAUCCUCCGCCUGCUGGAUCCAGACCGCAUGAUGAAGACUGUCCUCCACUUCCCCCAGAACCGGAGACUGCUGCCCCCCGAGGACACACAGGAACCGAUAUUUAAAGACAGGGGCACGAUGGAUCUCAGUGACCUUUAUGACCCCUGUUUCCUCCUUCAUCUCUUCAGUGAAUUGACCAGGCCAGAAUUUGUGGUGGAUUGUCGGAAAUUUGUGGAUUCAAAUGCUCUGGGCCUAACUGUCACAGCCCUCAGCAGCUACGACCCCCUGAUGCGAGCUGCGGCCUACUCCGUGCUGGCAGCCUACUACUCACAGCUGGAGGGGGCACGCUUCCGGGAGCAGCCCCAGGUACUGUACCUGUUGGACGUAGUCCGGAACGGGAUCCGAACUAAGAACAUGAGACUCACCUUCACCUUGACUCUCUUCAUCGCCAAAGCAGCCUUGCAAAUUUUGAAACCAGAGGAGCACAUGUAUUUGAAGGUCAACAAGUUCCUGCUGUCCCAUGAGUACCUGAACAUGAACAAAGUUCCAGGCUUCUACCAGUUCUUCUACAGCUCGGACUUCGAGCAGAAGACGGAGCGGGAGUGGAUGUUUGGGCUUCUGCGCCAGGGGAUGCGGGACAAGUACUGCUACGAGCUCUGCGCCAGGCGGGGCGUCCUCCACGUCAUCCUGUCCUUCUUCAGCAGCCCGCUCUGCGACGACGUGGCCCAGAAUUGGGUUUUGGAAAUUCUGCAGAAUGCUGCUCGGGAUGCCAAAUCUGCCUAUGAGAUCCUGCGGGAUUACAGCCUCUUAACGUGGAUCCUCCACAUCCUGGAGAGCAAGUUCCUGGAGACUCAGCUGCUCUCCAACCUCAUCUCCCUGCUGCACACGCUGUGGGUGACCACCCUGGGGGACAGAGGCGUGGAGGCAGGGGAGCAGCCUCCUUGCAAGCCUGGGUCCCAGGAGCCCCCGAAGCUGCUCGCCCUGCACUUGGUCGACGAGUUCCUCUACGUUCUCCUUGUGCUCACGAAGCACCUGAGGCCCGCCUUGGCCUCCACCCAGCUCACCAGCUUCUUCGGGGCACUCGACUCUGUGCUGAGGUACCGGGCCACCGUGCUGCAGGCCUUCAGGGACAUGAACCGCUUCACCGUGAACGAGACUGUGCUGUCCACCAGGGAUGCCCUCGUCCUCCUGCACCAGUGGAGCCUCGUCGAGAGAGACGUCAGGCUCCAGGAGGACCUGAGAGCAGCCGCGGAGAGAUGCCAAGUCAGGGAGCUGCUGAAAAUGCUCAAGGAUAAGAACAAGCCAGUUGGGCCAGCCCGAGCCAAAGGCCUCCGGGGCCGGAAGCGGAGGCCUGGGGAGGCCGAGGAGGCGGUGGACCCCGAGCUGCCGGCGUCCACCUUGGAGGCGUGCAGGGGCCUCCUGAGGUCCAUCCUGACCCACUGGGGGCCCGCGUUUCCUGACCCCGAACCUGAGAGCGAAGGCCUGGGCCCCGUGGGCGCUGUCACCGUCCUGGUGGCCGGCUGGGUGCUGCGCUCCGCGGCCAUGAGCCCGCUCGGCCGGGUGGAGAUGGCGGGCCUCCUGGGCUGGCUCAGGAGCUGCAUCUUGCCGCGGCCAGCGGUAGUGGCCGACCUCCUUCAGGACAGCGCCGUGGCGAGCGGCAUGUUCAGGCUGUACAGCAGGUUCUGCGGCGCCGAGGGGCUGGCGGGGCCCGAGCAGAGCGCGGCCAGCCUCUUCAACGCCGUCAUGCUGCAGCUGGGGGCGGCCCGCGGCCCCGCCGGGAGUCCCUACCGGCAGAUACUCGAGGCCGUCCACCUCUCUUCUCUGAACGCGGAGGAUGCAGCCACGCGAGCCACUGCUGCAUUCCUGGUGUCUCUGUACAUUAAGGACAUCUGGCUGGGGGCCCAGCGGCCAGACACCCUCUUGACCCACGUCCGGAUGGUCCUCGACGCCUCGGAGGACGUGGAAGGUGGUGACGAGGAGGCCGUUGUCAGGCUCUGCAAGGACAUCGCGGCCGCGAUCCCCGACACUUAACCCCGUGCGGCUGGCGCUUCCGGCUCCAGGCUCUAGGAGUCAGGUUGAAUCAAGGGUUUCCAUGGAAGGCCUGCGAGAUGACAAGCUCUGAAUGUUGACCAGGUGUCCUGACAGGAAAAGUUGGCUUCAUUUAACUGACUGAUAAAUAAUAAGCUCAAGGGACCACGUGUGCGAAGCGGUCAGGGUUACAGUGGGCUUGGGGACCUUCGGGCCGUGAGCCCCAGUCAGCGAAGACCCUUCCUCUUAGGGGCUCAUUGUUCCUCAAAGAAAUACCACAAAUCGAGGUGGCGCUUCUGAGUGCUUAAGGGAUUCAUGGACUUUAAAGCCGAAGUGUCCAGAGAUAUGUCAGGCAGAAGAGCAAGAAGAGAGACAUGUAAAGUUUGCCUUAAGGCUUUAAAACAAAGCUCUGUGGAACUUCUUGAAUAAAUAAGCCCUGCCAGUGCUGUGUUAUUUUAGUAAAUAAGAAGGGCGUCGCCCUAAAUCCUUAAAGCGUGAGAUUGUUUUGACUUCUGCUUUGGAAAGACAGCCUAUAUUUUUAAAAAUUCUGCUUCAAAGGGGGAUUUAGAAUUUUAUAACUUGUUAAUAAAUGUCUAUUUUUGUUA